CUACGCCCCCCUCCCCUUUCCCAGUCUCCCAUCUUUCGGGAGCACUCAAACCCCUUUCCCCGGAGCUCGGCGGUAGUCCCUGACGACUCCCAUCGUCCGCCGAUCCUUCCCCGCCGCCGCCACCAACCCCGAGGAGGGAUGACCCUCUCCGGCGGCGGCAGCGCCAGCGACAUGUCCGGCCAGACGGUGCUGACGGCCGAGGACGUGGACAUCGAUGUGGUGGGCGAGGGCGACGACGGGCUGGAGGAGAAGGACAGCGACGCGGGCUGCGAGAGCCCCGUGGGGCCGCCGGAGCUGCGCCUGGACGAGGCGGACGAGGUGACGCCCGCGGCACCCCACCAUGGGCAGCCUCAGCCGCCGCACCAACAGCCUCUGGCAUUGCCCAAAGAGGCGACUGGAGCCGGGGCAGGGCCAGGGGGCGAGGCGGGCGCUUCCGAACCUGACGGCUGCAAGGGCGGCGUUGGCGGCGAGGAGGGCGGCGGGAGCGGCGGCGGGCCGGGCGCCGGCAGCGGUGCAACGGGAGGCCUGGCCCCCAGUAAGCCCAAGAACAGCCUGGUGAAGCCUCCUUACUCGUACAUCGCGCUCAUCACCAUGGCUAUCCUGCAGAGUCCGCAGAAGAAGCUGACCCUGAGCGGCAUCUGCGAGUUCAUUAGCAACCGCUUUCCCUACUACCGGGAGAAGUUCCCCGCCUGGCAGAACAGUAUCCGCCACAACCUCUCGCUCAACGACUGCUUCGUCAAGAUUCCUCGCGAGCCGGGCAACCCGGGCAAGGGCAACUACUGGACCCUGGACCCGCAGUCCGAGGACAUGUUCGACAACGGCAGCUUCCUGCGGCGCCGGAAACGCUUCAAGCGCCACCAGCAGGAGCACCUGCGCGAGCAGACGGCGCUCAUGAUGCAGAGCUUCGGCGCUUACAGCCUAGCGGCGGCGGCAGGCGCCGCGGGGCCCUACGGCCGCCCCUACGGCCUGCACCCCGCGGCCGCGGCUGGCGCCUACUCUCACCCGGCUGCCGCGGCCGCCGCGGCGGCGGCGGCGGCGCUCCAGUACCCCUACGCGUUGCCGCCGGUGGCACCCGUGUUGCCGCCCGCGGUGCCUCUGCUGCCCUCGGGCGAGCUGGGCCGCAAAGCGGCCGCCUUCGGCUCACAGCUCGGCCCGGGCCUGCAGCUGCAGCUCAACAGCCUGGGCGCCGCCGCGGCCGCCGCGGGCACGGCGGGCGCUGCGGGCACCACGGCGUCGCUGAUCAAGUCCGAGCCGAGCGCGCGGCCGUCGUUCAGCAUCGAAAACAUCAUCGGCGGGGGCCCCGCGGCGCCCGGGGGCUCGGCAGCGGGCGCUGGGGGGACGGGGGUAACUGGGGGCACCGGGGGCGGUGGGGGCGGCAGCGCGGCACAGUCCUUUCUACGGCCGCCGGGCACCGUGCAGUCCGCGGCGCUCAUGGCCACGCAUCAGCCGCUGUCGCUGAGCCGGACGACGGCCACCAUUGCGCCCAUCCUGAGCGUGCCGCUCUCUGGACAGUUCCUGCAGCCCGCAGCCUCGGCCGCCGCUGCUGCCGCCGCUGCAGCGCAAGCAAAGUGGCCCGCUCAAUAGGGACGCGCCGGUGGCCGGGACCGAGGGCCGGGUGGCGGCUGCACUUCUAGUUUGCGCGCCCCGCCCCGGGCCCGGCCCCCCUGCCCAAUCCCGGACUCUGUUUCUCCUCCAUUUCCGCCCCCCCGACCCCUCAACACCGACCUUCGGCUGCCUCCACCCCCUCGCGCACACCUAGGCUGGCGGAGCAAACUCUCACCGCACGCCCGCCGGGAAUAGCUUGCGGUACAGGUAAAACCGAAAACCGAAUUUUCCAAAAAUGUACCCCGACGGCUCCUGCUCUCAGUACCGUAGGAAUGGGAGGGAAAUCUUUGUACAUAUUUGUAUAAAAAUUAUUGACUUUCCUUUUGGGGUUCUUAUUUUUUUAAGAAAAAACAAAUUCAGUAGAUUUAGAGCUCUGAACUUUCAUUUUUUUUGAAGGUUCACUCUCCGCAGUUUUAUGUGAGAAAAAAAUGUAUAGAGACGUUGGGAGAUUUUAAAUAUAAAAAUUUUCAAAAGGCAAAAAGUGUCAUUCUAUUAUAAAAGUCUGUUUAUAUAUGAAUGAAUAUAUAUGGUAUUCUAAAUGUUAUUCCAUCGUGUUGUACACAA